UCAGUCUGAGCUGCUGGCAAGGCAGGUAAUAGGAGAUUGUCCUGUCUUCCUGCUGCAGUUAUGGCGGCUCCGUUAGCUCAGUUCGAUGAGGACUGGCAGGACUUCUACGAAUUCAAGCCGGUCUCUGGUCCCCAAAACCGACUCGACCAAGUAAAUUCUAACGUAGGAGAAGCCCCAGGCCUCCUGGAGGAUUUUCCCGAGCUCGACAACAGCUUUGCCGGGGAGAUCGGCAGCUUCAAGUCCAUGGAGGACUUAGUCAACGACUUCGAUGAAAAAUUGACUGUGUGUUUUCGAAACUACAACACUAAGACCGAAAACAUAGCCCCAAUUAAACCAAUUACAGAGGAAAACAUCAUGAAGGACGACGAGAUUUGGAAUACCCUGACGGAUAAUUACGGCAAUGUGAUGCCCGUGGAUUGGAAAACUUCUCAUACCCGAUCCCUCCACCUACCGACAUUGAACCUGAUGGAGAAAGGGAAAAUUGACAGUGUAAAUCUUGACUUGUCGGAUGAUGAGGAGUUGAGGGAACAGCUGGACAUGCAUUCCAUCAUUGUCUCCUGUAUAAACGAUGAGCCGCUUUUCACUGCAGAACAGGUAAUUGAAGAAAUUGAGGAAAUGAUGCAGGAGUCUCCAGACCCAGAAGACGACGAGACGCCCUCACAGUCUGACAGACUGUCAUUGCUCUCUCAAGAGAUACAGACACUCAAGAGGUCCAGCACGAACAACAGUGCUGAAGAACGUGUGAAGCGGAUGUCUGUGGCAGAGCUAAACGAGCUGCUAGAGGAGAUUGAAACGGCCAUCAAGGACUACUCUGAGGAGCUGAUCCAGCAGCUGGCCCUGCGUGAUGAGCUGGAGUUUGAGAAGGAGGUCAAAAACAGCUUCAUCGAGGUGCUCAUCGAGGUGCAGAACAAACAGAAAGAGCAUCGCGAGAUGGUCAAGAAGAAGAAGAAACUGAAGAGCGGGAGCCCGCAGAAUGGCAAGCAGGAGAGAAGUCACAUGCCUGGAACUCGCUUCAGCAUGGAGGGAAUCUCAAAUGUCAUUCAGAAUGGCUUCCGCCAAACGUUUGGAAACUCAGGCGGGGAGAAACAGUAUUUGACUACAGUCAUUCCUUAUGAGAAAAAGGGAGGACCACUUUCUGUGGAAGAUCUUCAAAUCCUCACCAAAAUUCUUCAUGCCAUGAGAGAGGACAGUGAGAAAGUGCCAAGCUUACUGACGGACUACAUUCUAAAAGUUCUCUGUCCAACAUAAGGAUCUGGCCUCCGAGAAGAGCAUGGCAUUGGGCACUGGGAUGGAAUUGUUUUGUUUCCAUGACAACUAGAUGACUCAUUUCUCUGGUUCAUAGUGAAUGACUUUCUUCCCCAUCAGAGCUCUCGCUUAGCCUGGUGUUUACUUAGUUCCCAUUCAUUGUUGGAGUGUAGGUCUUUUAGCAUGGUAACAGACUUACCCUUUAUUUCCACAGACUCAGACUAAGUUAGCAAACCAUAUAUCUAGUUACUAUGCCAUAGUUGUUUGAAAGACUUCAGAGCAUAAAGAACAAAAAGAACAACUGUACAGUUUUAACAAGUAUUGUUUUUAGAAAUGUAAUGACUAUUUUUUACAGUGAAUAGAAGAUAGAGGUGUUCCUUUUCCUUUCUCUGUUGUGAAGGGGAGUCGUUAACUUUUAUGUGUAAUUAAAUUGUUAACCAACUUGCAUUUGAAAGUGGCCUUUCAGUUUUAAAGGGAGUUUAUUUCAGUUGUGGGAAAAAAAAAGGAUCCUAUUGUUUUUAAGCUGCACUGAAGACAUUUGAAAUUAUGAUGAAUUCUUCUAAAUUAUGCAAUCUAGUGAAAUUUCUAAUAUUUCAGUAUUAAUUACAAGCAGUGUUUCAAGAACGAUCCAAGCAUCUGCCAGUACUUGGUAAGGCUCUACUUUUGUGCAACACAGCAUUAUUGUUGGGCUCCAGAGAAAAGCAGGUCUGCAUUAUAUUUUACAAGUAGUCCUGUUUAACUACUUGUAAAAGAUAUUAUUUCAGAGUGUCCUUGGCGCUCCAAGGUUGGACAGAUUUAUUCUCGUUAAUAUGUCAUUUUUGGUUUUAGGUGGGAGCCUAAUUUUUUCUUAUAAAAAAAUAUGAAAAUAAAGAUAAUUUUAGAUUUUAUUUUAUUAACAUUCAUAUGCUUUUGCAUCUUUGGUGUCUCUCUUGAGUGGCAGCUAAAUUAAAUUUUGAGGAAGGGGGUGGGAGGUAGUAUAUCAAAGAUUACAAAUUUAAAUCCCCUUAUAUAUUUGCUUUUUAAUUCUGCCAAUGGGCAAAUGGGCAACCAAAGUCAAGUUCCUCUCAUUUGCCAGUUUAAUUAAGCAACUACUAUAGGCCACAUUGAGUGUAAAGGAGAAGUCUUCUGAUUGGGUAAAACCUGAAACUGUUUUUAUACUAGCAAGCUCUAUAAAUGAAAUUGAUUCAUCCUCUAGUUACAGCUAUUAUGUGGCUUGUGCUUUAGAUAAUCAUAUAAUGGAUUUUAAUAUAAUCAUGAUGUAACACUAAUGAUCUUUUAGGUAGAGAUGACAAACCCCUGAACUAUGAAUCUAUUUGGCCUAUUAAGUCUGUUUUAUUGCAUAUGUUUUGUUAUGACUGUCAGGUUUUAAAAAGUGUGACCAGCCUUGGAUACUUCUUGUAACACCUCUGGGUGGGGAUUUAAAACUCACUUCUGCUAUAUUAGAAGGGUAACAUUCUGCCAGGACAACAAAAGUAUCAGAUAUGAGUAUAUAGACCAGGGCAGGUUCUCCUGAAAGGUAAGAAGAGACUGCUCUUCAGAUAUUUUAAAAUAAUAAAUUAAACCUCUUUGACAAACAGCUAUUACAAAGCAGAGGUGAUGACUAGUAUUCUGAAUUCUUAUUGCCUGACUGUAGGCAAAAGGACAAGCAUUUCCUAACAAUUAUUGGAAGUAUUUUUUUAGUAAGAGAGAUUUUACAUUUUAAUAAAGUAAAAAGCCUUUAAUAAUUACAAUGUCAGUUUCAGUUGUAAUUGAAUAUUGUCUGUUGUGUAUACAGUAUGUAACUAAUGUCUAAUAUAAUACUUUAUGCCAAUUGGACAGUUUAGUGGUUAAUUGUUUUAUUUUUUGAUCUUAUGGAUGUGAUUAUGGAGUUUUAUAGGUUUAACUCUUUGCAGUUCGUUUAUUCAGCGUUUG